AUGCAUCUAAGCAGGUUCGGACUGCUUGCCCUUGGGGCAGCUGCGGUUGAUGCAUUCCGUGAUACUUCUCCUUUCUUUUUUGCGUCGACAUCUGAGCUGUUGGCAAACUCCGCAUACAUCAAGACCGGCGCUUCUUUGCUCCACGAUGUUUCCACCUCCCUGAGCACCUGCCCCUCGGACUACUAUGUCGUCGUUCAUCAGCCCGGUGUCCAUAGCACCGAUUUCGCGACUCGCAAGUCGGCACCCCGCCUUGGCGCGAAGAUGCUCGGCAAGGACAAGUCGAUUCGGUCCCAGAUGAGUGUCAAUGAGGUCGCAGGGUUAAUGGAUAUCAAGGAGAUUAAGAGCGUCUUGACGGAGAAGUGCAAGGCGCAGACUACCUCCAUCGACGGUUCCACUGGCGAAUACCCCUCAUCUUUUGAGUCGGGUCCUCGAAUCAUCGAUAUCGAAUUCCCCGUACUCCCUCUGGGCUCGGACCGCGCCUCCCAGCUUUCCGACAAUGAUGGUCUCCUCUCCGAUAUAAUUGAGCGUAUUCCUUCCGGCUUCAAGUACACACUCCUUUAUAUCACCUCGCCGCGCGAGUUCCCCGAGACCGACUCUGUUGUCUACAAAUCCGACUCAGGCAGCUACCAAGACUCCAUUCACAUGGAUUUGAAGCGCGACUACUCCUCCUAUUCCUCCGACUCUAGCGACUCCGACUCGGAUCGCAAGACCUCACUGUUCGAUGAAUACCAAUACUUCACUCCUGGUAUCUUCAUGGGUUUGAUGGCUACCUUCAUCUUCAUCGUCAUUCUAUACGUUGGUGUCACUGCCCUGGGCAGCCUUCAGGUCCCCUACGCUGCAUUUGAGAAGGACACUUCCGCUGCUGUGCAGAAGAAGUCACAGUAA